AUGGAAGACAAGAAUUGUAUGGUGUACAUUAGUUUGGAAUGCGAUGAAGAAAUAGAUGGGUACUUCGACUGGAGUUAUGUUGAACCCAGUGGAAAAACAUGUCAGCAAACAGAGCAAAAUAUUGUAUGCAGCUGCGAUACUAAUCUCUGCAACAUGAACUUUACUUUGAUAUCGGAAAUAUGGAGGUCAUCACCUAUUUACAAAAAAGAAAGUCAAGCCGAUAAAUGCUUUGUAAAAGCUAUAGAAGGAAAAUUCUCCACUGUGCCUCCUCCUACCUCCACUGAAUCCACUGAAUCUACCGUAACUGUACAUACUACCACCGUACCUGCAGAAACAACCACUACAGAAAGAACUACUACUACAGGAGAAGUUCCCACAACCACAUCCCAGGAACAAAAGAAUAUCAACGAAGAUGAGGAAAAAUCGAGCACUGACCAUAGCAAAAGCUCUUCCGGCGGUGAUUCAAACUUUGACUUGAUUAUUUUUCUGAUUCUUGUCAUUAUUGCUGCAAUUCUACUGAUAGCCAUCAUUCCGGCCCUGAUCUUAUGUGUUGCAAUGAAAUCAAAACGAAAUAGAAUCAGAAGUUCCAAAAAGGGAGGAGGCGAAAGUACGAAGAGCCUCAGGAGCGACAAAAGUAAGAAAAGCGGUAAAAGUGCUAAGACAACGAGCACCAAGAGCGCUCGAUCGAACACGGAAAGCAGAAGACCAGGAGGUGCGAGUAAGAAAACAAGUAACACAAGUCAAAGAGCAGCAGAAGGAUAG